CCCAUGAUGCUGCAUGGCAAGGCGCUGUUGUGACCGGAAUUAUCUUGACUAAGAUGGCGGUGGUUUGGGAGACGCAGUGAGUCGCUACUGACGUCGAGGAACGUUACAGAUGGCUGGGGAAACUGUUGAAAAGAGAGAGCGAGAUUCUUCACCUGCCAAAGAGGAGCGGAGGCGCUCACGCUCACCAGACCGGGAACGUGACCGAGAGCGUGAUAGGAAAGGCUCCCCUGUUGCCAAGGACAGGAAACGGCAUCGCUCCCGUGAGAGGAGAAGAGGUAGUCGUUCAAGAUCCCGAUCUAGGUCCAAGUCAACUGAGAGAGAACGGCGGUAUAAAGAGAGAGAGAGAGACAAAGAGCGGGAGCGCAGCAAGAAGGACCGGGAUCGUGAGAAAGAUGGACACCGGAGGGACAAGGACCGUAAACGGUCCAGGAGCACCUCUCCAAGUCGGAACAAAUCCAGGAAGGACAGAGACUCUCGCAGAGAUGAAGAGGAUGACUCAUUGUCCAAGAAGGAGAAGGCCCAGCCGCUUUCUCUGGAGGAGCUGCUGGCCAAGAAGAAAGCUGAGGAAGAGGCUGAAGCCAAGCCCAAGUUCCUUUCCAAGGCAGAACGAGAGGCUGAGGCCUUGAAGCGCCGGCAACAGGAGGUGGAGGAGCGGCAGCGGCUGCUGGAAGAAGAGAGGAAAAAGCGAAAACAGUUCCAAGAUAUGGGACGGAAAAUGCUAGAAGACCCCCAGGAGAGGGAGCGCCGCGAGCGGAGGGAGCGCAUGGAACGAGAGACUAAUGGCAAUGAAGAUGAGGAGGGGCGGCAGAAAAUCCGCGAAGAGAAAGACAAGAGCAAGGAGCUGCAUGCCAUCAAGGAGCGGUACUUAGGUGGGGUCAAGAAGCGGAGACGUACUCGGCACCUGAAUGACCGCAAAUUUGUCUUCGAGUGGGAUGCUUCGGAAGACACUUCCAUUGACUACAACCCCCUGUAUAAGGAGCGGCACCAGGUCCAGCUGCUGGGGCGGGGCUUCAUCGCGGGCAUCGACUUGAAACAGCAGAAGCGGGAGCAGUCUCGGUUCUACGGAGACCUGAUGGAGAAGCGGCGCACGCUGGAGGAGAAGGAGCAGGAAGAGGCACGCCUGCGCAAGUUGCGUAAGAAGGAGGCCAAGCAGCGCUGGGAUGAUAGGCAUUGGUCUCAAAAGAAACUGGACGAGAUGACGGACAGGGACUGGCGUAUUUUCCGGGAGGAUUACAGCAUCACCACCAAGGGUGGCAAGAUCCCCAAUCCCAUUCGUUCCUGGAAAGACUCCUCACUGCCCCCCCACAUCUUGGAGGUCAUCGACAAAUGUGGCUACAAGGAACCUACUCCCAUCCAGCGUCAAGCCAUCCCUAUUGGUCUGCAGAACCGUGACAUCAUUGGUGUGGCAGAGACUGGCAGUGGUAAAACGGCUGCCUUCCUCAUCCCACUGUUGGUAUGGAUCACCACACUGCCCAAGAUUGACAGGAUUGAGGAAUCAGACCAGGGCCCCUAUGCCAUCAUCCUGGCCCCCACCCGUGAGUUGGCGCAGCAGAUCGAGGAAGAGACCAUCAAAUUUGGCAAGCCCCUGGGCAUCCGCACAGUGGCUGUUAUUGGUGGCAUUUCGCGUGAGGACCAAGGCUUCCGCCUGCGCAUGGGUUGUGAGAUCGUGAUUGCUACGCCUGGCCGUCUAAUUGACGUGUUGGAGAAUCGUUACCUGGUGCUGAGCCGCUGCACCUAUGUGGUAUUGGAUGAGGCUGACCGCAUGAUUGACAUGGGCUUCGAGCCUGAUGUGCAGAAGAUUCUGGAGCACAUGCCUGUCACUAACCAGAAACCUGACACUGAUGAGGCGGAGGACCCCGAAAAGAUGCUGGCCAACUUUGAGUCGGGCAAGCACAAAUACCGGCAGACUGUGAUGUUCACAGCUACCAUGCCACCGGCUGUGGAGCGCCUGGCCCGCAGUUACUUGCGCCGGCCAGCUGUGGUUUACAUUGGCUCGGCUGGCAAACCACAUGAGCGUGUGGAACAGAAGGUCUUCCUCAUGUCAGAGUCAGAGAAGAGGAAGAAACUGCUGGCUAUUUUGGAACAGGGCUUUGACCCGCCCAUCAUCAUCUUCGUCAACCAGAAGAAGGGCUGUGAUGUGCUCGCCAAAUCGCUGGAGAAGAUGGGGUAUAAUGCUUGUACCCUUCAUGGUGGCAAAGGUCAGGAGCAGCGAGAGUUUGCCCUUUCCAACUUGAAGGCUGGUGCCAAGGACAUUCUGGUGGCCACAGAUGUGGCUGGACGUGGUAUUGACAUCCAGGAUGUGUCCAUGGUGGUGAACUAUGACAUGGCCAAGAACAUAGAAGAUUACAUCCACCGCAUAGGUCGAACGGGACGAGCUGGCAAGAGCGGCGUAGCCAUUUCCUUCGUCACCAAAGAGGACUCGGCUGUCUUCUAUGACCUUAAGCAGGCUAUCCUCGAGAGUCCUGUAUCUUCAUGCCCACCAGAACUGGCCAACCACCCAGAUGCCCAGCACAAGCCGGGCACCAUCCUUACUAAAAAGCGACGGGAAGAGACUAUCUUUGCCUGAGUCCACAGUGGAGCUACCGCGCAGGCCCCUCCUCUGAUCGUGACCAGGGAUAUCUGGAUCCUGGGCUGUUCUGACAGAUUGACAGCCUCCCGGCGUGAAAAUGGCUCUUCCAGUCCCUGGGGCUUAGUCCUUAAGAUGGGAGUGGCUUUCUCCCCCCUCUUUUUUUCCCCUUCAAAUGUAGGUGCACCCCUUGUGCUGUUGAUGUGACACCCAGCACAGAAUUCAGAACCAAACAAUGAGGACUUCAGUCCAAAAAAGAUAGAAUGUCACCUUGGGAAUCCUGAUCCAGACUGAUUUCUUAACUUCGUUUUUAUUGGGGGCGAUGUUUAUCUAGAUCACCCGGGGAAACUUUAUUUACCCUUGGGUUGAGAGGCUGAGCUAGGCGAAGCAGUGGGCAGCAAUCUCGCCUUGCUGAUUUUUGACACUUGGUGGCUUUAUGCUGCUGUGAACGUGGUCUAGAUGCAUUCCAUGUUUGCUCCUCCUCUACUCCAUGAUCAAGACUCUGGGGUUUGGGGAAAUGCAGGUUUGGGGCACUGUAGCUGGAAUGCUGCAGGCUGUCCUAUCCUGCUCCAGUGAGGAUGUCUCCCCAUUUCUCAUCCCAGACUGUUAAGGUUCAGCAUGGUAAUUUCGCAAGGAAGGGGAGGGGUGAUUCCUGAAGAGAACACGUUUCAUGCAGGGGCUAGCCCUAGCCCCCCUCAGUAGAAGGGGGGCAGGUGAUGUACAGAAAGACUCUGAUAUUUUUUCAGUGAUGUUUUUGUGCGACUAUAAAUCCAUGUGAAAUGUU